CGGCGCCUCCCCCGCCCCUCGUAGCUUCCAGCGCCGCCACCGCCGCCGCUGGCUGACCGCGCUCGCGCCUCAGAGUUACUAGUUUAUUCUUUGGCCUUCUCUACUCUGAACUGUCCUCAUGGAUGAACUUCAGGAUGUUCAACUCACAGAGAUCAAGCCACUUCUAAAUGAUAAGAAUGGUACACGAAACUUCCAGGACUUUGACUGUCAGGAACAUGACAUAGAAACAACACAUGGUGUGGUUCAUGUCACCAUACGAGGCUUACCAAAGGGAAACAGACCAGUUAUCCUGACAUAUCAUGAUAUUGGCCUCAACCAUAAAUCCUGUUUCAACACCUUCUUCAACUUUGAGGAUAUGCAAGAAAUCACUCAACAUUUUGCUGUCUGUCAUGUGGAUGCCCCAGGCCAACAGGAAGGGGCAGCCUCCUUUCCCACAGGGUAUCAGUACCCCGCUAUGGAUGAGCUGGCUGAAAUGCUGCCUUCUGUUCUUACACACCUAAGUGUGAAAAGCAUCAUUGGUAUUGGAGUUGGAGCGGGAGCCUACAUCCUCAGCAGAUUUGCGCUCAAUCAUCCGGAGCUAGUGGAAGGUCUUGUGCUAAUUAACAUUGACCCGUGUGCAAAAGGCUGGAUUGACUGGGCAGCUUCCAAACUCUCAGGCUUGACGACCAAUAUUGUGGACAUAAUUUUGGCUCAUCACUUUGGGCAGGAAGAGUUGCAGGCCAACCUGGACCUGAUUCAAACCUACAGAUUGCAUAUUGCCCAAGAUAUCAACCAAGAAAACCUGCAGCUCUUCCUGAGCUCCUAUAAUGGACGCAGAGACCUGGAGAUUGAAAGACCUAUACUGGGCCAAAAUGAUAACAGAUUAAAAACAUUAAAGUGCUCUACUUUACUGGUGGUGGGGGACAAUUCACCUGCCGUGGAGGCUGUGGUUGAAUGUAAUUCUCGCCUCAACCCUAUAAAUACAACUUUACUAAAGAUGGCAGAUUGUGGAGGACUCCCUCAAGUAGUUCAGCCGGGGAAGCUUACGGAGGCCUUCAAGUACUUUUUGCAGGGAAUGGGCUACAUCCCGUAUGUGCAGCUCAGUCACCUCAGCACCGAGUCAGUUCCGUCUGCCAGCAUGACCCGGCUCGCCCGGUCACGAACCCACUCGACCUCGAGUAGCAUCGGUUCUGGAGAAAGUCCUUUCAGCAGGUCUGUGACCAGCAACCAGUCAGAUGGAACUCAGGAGUCCUGUGAGUCCCCCGAUAUCCUGGAUGGACACCAGACCAUGGAGGUGUCCUGCUAAGCAGACGUUCCUCCCUUGGACCAUGCAAAUCCCUCUUCCUUCAGAUGACCACUCCAUAAACAGAACAUUUCAUCCCCUCAACCUACUUCCACUAUCUUUCACUCAUGCAUGGCCACUGAACCUCUCUAGUAACCUGGUUUUAUCAUCCUUUGCCCACUCACCCCUUUUUGUAAGAACCAUACCCACACCAUUACUGUAACAUUCCAACAUCGUGAGCUGAUUCAAUCUCCAUCUCCUCUUACCAGCUUUUCUCUAUGCUUCCCUAACUAUGUACCUGAUGAUUCUUUGAUUCCCAACUCCAUGUGUGUGUAAGCACGCGUGUCUAUUUGUGCAUAGUUCUGUGAGUUUAGACAUGCUUUCUUGUAUUGCUUCUGCAAAAAACAACAAAGGGACUUUUCUUUGCAUUUUCAACAGUGUUUCUAAGGGAAAUGUGCAGAGCAGAUAUCUAGGUGGCUUAGGACUUGACAUUGGCUUUCUGUUGCAAUUUGGGCAACAAAAUACUGAGAAUGAUCUCAGUGAGCAGCUCUGAGGAAUGUGGGAGACUAUAAUUUCUUUGUGGACCAUUGACUGUGGCCAGUAGGAGGGUCACGUAGUACACAGAUAGGCAGGCAGGGUCAUAACCACAUCCUCUGUCCAAAUGGGCCCAUAUAUGCUAUGUUGCAAAUAAAUGGAGGAAUAUCACCUGUUGGAAGCCUGUGAAUGAUGACUUCCAGUACACCGUGGAGUGCUCUUCGUAGGAGUAGCUUAACUGCUAGGUUCUCUUAGCCCAAGAAGAUAGGAAACAAAAGGCCCAGGCUCUACUCUGCAGACCAGAAGUGCUGUUCCUAUAGCAACUGUGAUACCACUUAGAUGUGUACACAUCUGCAGGAAGAGCCUCAGAGGUCUGAGUUGGAGAGUGGUUCUCCAUCCCUCAAUCCCCCAGAAGGGAGCAGUGUGAGCAAUAUGGCGUAAACACCACGACAGUGGUAAAGAUCUGAGUGAGGAAAGAGGAAGAACCGUUAAUAACGCAGUGCCAUGUUCAAUAAGUGUAUCCUAAGUUUCAGCAAAUUUACUGGAAGCUAAGUUACAUUGAAUGGAACCCAAUUUCUGGCAAAGUCUUAACCUGUGAUGUCCCUUUUAUAGGAGGAAAGGGCCAAUCUCAGGGCAGCCCCAUCUAAGCAGAAUUGCUUUCAGAGCCCUGUCUGAUGUAGAUGAGGGUCAUACAAGCCUCCUCUGGGAGGAGGGCAAAGGUACCUGGACACCAGCGGCCUCGCAGCAAGAGCCCUCCUCUCGGAGACAUUGAGAUGUGAGCUCAGGGUCACUUGGUUUCAGAUCUUGGAAAGAGACUUUUCACACACUAUUUGCUUCCUGCUAAGAUAAGGAAUGUGUCACUCUGUCAGAGUGUGACUUUUUACAAAUUAUUAAUAAAGCUGUAUAUGUCUCAUUGUUA